UGUUUUCAAAUGCAAUAGGCAUUUUCUCUAACAUACACGAACGUUUUGUAUAUACACGCAGCACGCAGCCAGGUUCCUCCCGAAGAGGGGAGUAUCGUGUGGCUGCGUGCUGGUACGACCGGCCCAAAGUUGGGCCGGCGCGCCCGCUCGUAGUAGUGUCUUUUUGGAAGGAAAAAAUAUUUUUGUUCGCUGAGAGAAACUAAUAACUCGGAGAAACUCGACCCUGCCUUAACCAUAGCCUGUACAGAUCGCAACGCCAACCGCCGACCCGAGAGGCCGAUCAGAAUUGGAGACCCCAAGCCAAUCUCCGCCUCCCCCUAAACCGAAAGAAAAACAAUGUCCGCCAUGCCGCGCCUGGAGACGCAGACGAAGCCCGGCGUCCCUUCGGUAGCUGGCUGCGGUGCGGCCGCCUCCCGCGGCCGACGUCGCCACCGAUCUCCUAGUCCCCCUCUCCAUCGCCACAACGAAGCUGAUGGCGCAGACCAUGGGGUAUCAAAUUUAAGCGAAUCGGAGGGUUCCAGGACCGACAGCAGGCACCGACGCCGCCGUAAGGGACGUGGACGCAGCAGUAGUGGCAAGAGAAGCCGUCGCGGUCGAUCGCGUGGCAGCAGUAGCGACAGCGAUGUUGACUCGGAGACCUCCUACGAGAGCAGGAAGAGAUCAAGGAGAAGCAGCAACAAUCGCUCGAGUGGGAAGAAAAUCAAGGGAUCCGAUUUCGGCGGCUCCGGUAAACACGGCCGCGCCGCCAAGGGCAAUGCCAAGGCCGGCGAUGAGAAGAAGGACGCGAUCGAGUUUAAGAAUAUGUCCGCGUCGAGGAAGCAGCAGCCGGCUCCGGACGACGUCCCGGGGCCGCUACCGUUGCCCCGCGUCGACGUCGAUGUCCAGGUCAAGUACGGCGGCGCGCUCCGGCCGGGGGAGGGCGACGCCAUGGCGCAGUUCGUGCAGCAGGGGAAGCGGAUCCCGCGGCGCGGCGAGGUGGGCCUGUCCGCCGAGGAGAUCCAGAGGUUCGAGGAGGCCGGGUACGUGAUGAGCUGGAGCAGGCACUCGAGGAUCACCGCCGUGCGCCUCCGGAAGGAGAACCAGGUGUACAGCGCCGAGGAGAAGCGCGCGCUCGCGACCUUCAACUACGAGCAGAGGGCGAUGCGGGAGAGCAAGGUCAGGGACAACCUCAGGCGCCUCGUGGACAAGACGCUCGGCAAACUCGCCGAGACAGAGCAUGACCCCUUCGCCAUGCCUCCUUCACGUUAGGUAGCAAUCGAGUAGCAACAAUUUGGUCGACUUCAAUCAAAUUCAAAAAUAAAAACAAUUUGAUUGACUUCGCUGCACAUCUUGGCCUUAAACGUAGUAUCUGUAAAGUCUGCAUUAUGUCAUACAUGCUUUUAGUGUCUGCAUAAAUCAUCGUCAGGUAUUGAGCAUCUUUGUUUCAGUGUU